CAGCAACCAAUAGCAGAAAACACAGCCAAGAUGCUCUCCCUCGUCCUGUCUGCUGAACUCACCGGCGUCACCGACCUCCGUCCCCAGGACACCGAGGACAAUCCCUACUACUACACCUUCAAGGUGCAAUGCACGUCCUGCCGGGAAACCCACCCCAACUGGGUCAGCUUCAACCGCUUCGAACAGCAUGAGAUCCCCGGCAGCAGAGGCGAGGCCAACUUUGUCUGGAAGUGCAAGCUGUGCCAGAAAACCCAUUCGGCGUCAAUCACUGCUGGACCUCAUGCCUAUGAGGCAGACGAGAAGCGCAAGGGCAAGACGGUGAUUGAAAUUGAUUGCAGAGGGUUGGAGUUUGUGGACUUCAAGGCUGAUGGUGAAUGGGAGGCCAAGGGUACUGAAUCUUCGUCAUCUUUUACGGGCAUUGAGUUUGCGGAUGGCGAGUGGUAUGAUUAUGAUGAGAAGGCUGGAGAAGAGGUUUCAAUCAAGGAGCUUAGCUGGCAGUUCAACCCAGUCAACCCCCGGCCUUUCCUCCAGGCUAGAGUCGGAACCGAGCUCGUCAUCCGUCUCAAAUGGGGCCAAACGGAAUACAAGGGCAAGCUUGAGAGCAUCGAUUCCUACAUGAACGUGCUGCUGCGGGAUACGGAAGAGUUCAUUGACGGAAAGAACACGGGAACACUCGGUCUGGUGCUGAUCAGGUGUAACAAUAUCCUCUGGAUGGGCUCCGCGGACAGUGUUGAAAUGACGGACCUGGGACUACGAUAGAUGGAGUCGUGACGCUAUACCAGGCAAUUGAAGACAUAUACCAAAUACUUUUCCCGCUAAGAUACGCGCACGCUGGAAAGGUGUUCAGGGAGGGGAUAUCGACGGAUUUUCAUGUACGGGUCAUAGCAAGCUCCGUCCUCUACUUUUCUUAUUUCUGGAACAAGGCGUUUUAUGAUGGCUUUCGAGGGUCGAUCUGGGGAAAUGCAGUAUGAACUGGUCGGAGCUUGCUGGAAAAUCUGACGGUCAAGGAUAUAAGAGACAAUACCUUUGGUUCUGGUUCCUACUAUCUGGCACUGGAUGUGAGCAUGCCGUGCUAGGUGCAGCAUGUGGCGAGUCAAGUGCCUCUUAAUGUUCCUGUCAAGUACCUAGCCACCUAGACAAAUAAGAUAAAUACAAACAGGCCCGAAAGCCAGACAUUCGCGU